AGAAUGUACAUAAUCAAUAGAAAAGGAGAGCAAGAACCUGUAAUUGUGGAGAGAAUUUUAAAUAGAAUAAAAUCUCUCUCGUAUGGUUUGAGUGACCUAAUUGACGCUUCCAGGAUAACCAACGCGGUUUACGCAGGUAUGUUUUCAGGAAUCAGUAGUACCGAACUGGAUGAGCUAUCCGCGCAAGAAUGUGCGUCUAUGAUAGGUAUUCAUCCGGACUACAGUAUUUUGGCAGCUCGAAUAGCAGCUUCGAAUUUGUUCAAGAAUGUCGUUAAAAAGUUUUCACAAUCUAUCGAGCUACUAUACGAUUCCAAAGGAUUCACUACAAAAAAAGGCAUUAUUGCUGAUCAUAUUUAUAAAUAUGUAAUGGAGAAUGCCGAAGUUUUAGAUAACGCAAUAGUCAAAGAAAGAGACUUCGAUUUCUCUUACUUUGGUUUCAAGACAAUGGAAAAAUCUUAUUUGUUGAAAUCUGGUAAGAAAAUUGUAGAAACACCUCAAUACAUGUUCAUGCGAGUUGCUGUGCAAAUCCACAUUGGUGACCUUGACAAGAUUAUUGAGACAUACAAUUUACUCAGCCAGAAAUACUUCAUUCACGCAACUCCCACACUGUUUAAUGCCGCAACUCGCUUUCCUCAAAUGAGUAGCUGUUAUUUGUUGCAAAUGCAAUCGGAUUCAAUUGACGGAAUUUAUAAUACGUUGAAACAAUGCGCAAUUAUUAGUAAAUACGCAGGUGGAGUUGGGCUAGCUAUACAUAAAAUACGGGCACACGGGACUGAAAUUCAAGGUACAAAUGGUAUUAGCAACGGUGUUAUACCUAUGCUCAAAGUUUUCAAUGAAACCGCCCGUUAUGUCGACCAAGGUGGUGGAAGACGAAAGGGCGGCUUUGCAGUAUAUCUGGAGCCAUGGCAUUUGGAUAUUUUCGAAUUCUUAGAACUAAAAAAAAAUCACGGACAUGAAGAAGCUCGUGCUCGGGAUUUGUUCUACGCAUUGUGGAUUCCUGAUUUGUUUAUGAAAAGAGUAGACCAAGACAGCUACUGGAGCCUCAUGUGUCCGCACCAAUCACCCGGUCUACACGAGGUUUGGGGGAAAAAGUUCGAGAAACUCUACGAAUCAUAUGAAAAAGAAGGUCGAUACAUCAAGCAAAUCAAAGCUCGUGAACUUUGGAUGGCAAUUUUAGUCACUCAAAUGGAAACUGGAAACCCCUAUAUGGUUUUUAAAGAUGCCGCAAAUCGAAAGUCUAACCAGCAAAACCUCGGAACCAUCCAGUCCUCCAAUUUAUGUACUGAAGUUAUUCAAUACACUUCUCCUGAUGAAAUCGCUAUUUGUAAUCUUGCUUCAAUUUCACUUCCAAAAUAUGUAAACCAAAAAGAAUUUACAUUUGACUACAAAUCUUUGUAUGAAAUCACCAAGGUUGCUACCGUCAAUCUGAACAAAGUGGUCGACACAAACUUCUACCACUUGGAAGAAGGAAAAAGAAGCAAUAUGCUGCACAGGCCAAUUGGAAUCGGUGUGCAAGGUUUAGCGGAUGUGUAUCAAUUGUUAGAACUACCUUUUGACACGAAGGAUGCUGACAUUAUCAAUCAACGAAUCUUUGAAACCAUUUACUUUGCCGCUUUAACGGCUUCUUGUGAAUUAGCUGAAAAGUUCGGAACUUACCCUUCCUACGAAGAUUCUCCUAUGAGCAAAGGAUUGCUUCAAUUUGAUUUGUGGAACUUGGAACGUGCAGAAAAAAAUCUGCCACCGGUUCAGCUUUCUGGACUUUGGGAUUGGGAUGAAUUACGCGCUAAAAUCAAAAAGUUUGGUAUACGCAAUAGUUUGCUUGUGGCUCCAAUGCCCACGGCGUCUACCUCCCAAAUUCUCGGAAACUGUGAAAGUUUCGAACCUUAUAUUUCCAACAUUUUUUCUAGACGAGUCUUGUCGGGAGAGUUUCAAGUUGUUAACCCCCAUUUGUGUAAAAAAUUAGUCGAAUUGAACUUAUGGAACGAGGAGAUGAAACAAAAAUUGAUUGCUCACGAAGGAUCAAUUCAAGCUAUUGACGAAAUCCCUAGUUAUGUUAAAGCUAUAUUUAAAACUACGUGGGAAAUUAAGCAAAAAGAAUAUAUCAACCAAUCUAUAAGCAGAGCUCCUUUUAUCUGCCAGUCUCAAUCUUUAUCACUCUAUCUCAGAAAUCCAACUUACAGUAACAUGACGUCAAUGCAUUUUUACGCUUGGAAAAACGGAUUAAAAACUGGUCUGUAUUAUCUCCGUACAAAAUCAGCAGCCGAUGCAAUCAAAUUUACAAUUGACCCUUUAACUGUGCGAGUAGCCAGUUCGACAUCCAUCUCAGGGUCUGCUGAAAAUUCUGAAAACAACAGUCCUAGAAUCGUUUCAGCAUGUCCUUUGAAAAAACCAGAUGCAAGAGACGACGAGGUAUGCCUUGCUUGCAGUGCCUAA